GUCACUACUGCAUCCUCAUUGCUCUCCACGCACCCCAACCUCACCUCUCAUCUGCCCAUCCAACCGGUUCCUCUCGCCUCCGACCGACCCAGGAGCCAUAAUCUCACAAUGUUUGCUGCUAAGUGUUUGGUGACUCUGAUGGUGGUGCUGGUGGCUGCAGUGUGUGCGGCUCAUGCACAGGAGAGGAUUAAGAUGUGUGGGAGAGAGCUGAUACGUCUGGCUGUGUCGUCCUGUGGUAACGCUCGGCUGAGGAGAAGCAUCCCUGACAAACACCUGGGGCAGCAUCACUUCACCUCUCAGUGGGACCAGGACGCCUCCACAGAGGCGCCGAAGACGGUCCACAUCCAUCCAGAGUCUGACGCUGAGAAGGACGUCUCCUCCGUGGCUCCUCACUGGUACCCCCUGAGCUCUCGGAUAAGACGAGCUGCCGGAAAAAUAUCUGAUAUUUGCUGUGAGAGAGGAUGCAGCAUGAAAGAGUUGAUCCAGUUUUGUUAGAAAUGGCUCCCUACUCGUUAUAAUGUUAUAAACGAUGCUGUAUGAAACCCUUGAAGAAUGAUUCUGCUAUAUAUCUAAUAAUGUAGCAUUCUGGCUACCACUGCACAUCAGUAAUUAUAGACACUUGAUCACAAUGUAUCCAGGUUUUAUGUACAAAAACUGUAUUU